AUAUGGAAGUGCGAUUGGAAGAAUUGUAGUGCUGAAAUGAUUUUCGAUGUAAAUGGAAACUUAGUGCAAGAGUGUAGAACUCAUUCGACGAGUUGUUUGUUAAACUUAUGUCUUACGGACUUGGACGUUCCGUCUAGCAGUGACAGUGACAGUGACAGUAGCAGCGACAGUAGCAGUGACAGUAGCAGUGACAGUAGCAGUGAAAGUAGCAGUGACAGUGACAGCGAAAUGGACUGCACUGAGGACUCAUUUGAAAUGGCAUCUCAAGAUGAGCAAAUGGAUGUUGGCCCAAUAAAGGACGAUGUUAAACCGAUAAUGGACAAUGCUGAAGCGAUAAUGGACGAUGCUGAACAAAUUAUGAAUGUUGAACCUGAAGCGGACAUUAUGAUGGAUAAUAAAAGUCAAGUCCAGAAAAAAGCUUCUGCCAGAAAAGUAGAACCCUCUUUGCGUACUGAGCUGUUAAAGUGUCAACUGCAUAACUCCGUAAUAAGAAACGGUCCGGCAAUAAUAUUGCGAAAGCUGAUCACAAACGGGGAUUUGUGAACACGAUGUGUUUCUUUGCACAAGAGCUUGGCCAACGGGGAGCACCGGACCUACGAGAGUCAAGGCGCGCCACAGCACUAAUAAUUAACAUAUACUUCGAAGAUAAUUCAAGCUGAUUCAAGAAUAAUCUAUUAAAUGACAUGAAAGUGGUAGCUCAGCAGAACAUCACUAGUUUUACCUACGACCGCUACUGAACAACACACUACCCACCAUCUAAGUUCCAUUUUACGCAUUGUAAGCCAAGCGCCACAGUUCUGUUACCAUAUAUCACAAUAUAAACGUUGUAUCUUGUAUUAAAAAAUACUUACCCUACUGAAAAGUGAGUCUGAUGGUUUAAAAGCAAGAAGUCCGAAGUUAUUAUGGUCGUAGGUAAAAGUACUGUACACAAUUCGAGUUGUCAUAACAUUUUGAUUUAAAUA